UUGCGGAAGUGCAAGUCUAGCGAGGAGAUGUCGGUUCUAUUUUAUCUAUGUCUGUUGUGGCUGCUGUGCAACAGCUGUUUGGCGCUGCCAAAGCAAGUGUCAGUGACUAGCAUCAAAUGUAAUGGGUAUCUGUGCGAGGAGCUUAACUAUCCAGACGUCUCGGAAGUAGCAUAUUUCACAGCAGAAAUCAGAAAAGAACUGGAUAACCAGACGAUUUUAGUGUUGCGUAAUUCGCAUUUGAAUCGAUUGCCCUUGAAUGUGUUUCGCACACUGGGCAAACUGGAGCACUUGGACGUUCAAGGCUGUCAAGUGCAGCAUGUGGCAGCCGAAUGCUUUGAGAGUGCUACCAAAUUGAAGAAAUUGCAACUUGCUGGCAAUCUAAUAUCCAAACUUGAUGCAGCAACCUUCGCUCUGGCCACCGAGCUGGAGGAAUUGAAUUUGGCUGAUAAUCGAUUGGAUAAUUUGCCAGCCAGCGUAUUUGCUGGCCUGCACAAGCUCAGGCAGCUCUGGCUGCAAGACAAUCAACUGCAGCAACUGCCCGUUGGUAUUUUCACAGAUCUGCUGCAGCUACAGCAACUCAAUCUGGACAACAAUCAGCUAGCCGAGCUGCCCGAGAAACUGUGUGCCGAUCAGGCUCAGCUUCAGCAAUUCUCAGCGCGUGGCAAUCGAUUAAAGCGGAUCUCAGCUAACGCUUUUCCUUCUGUGCAGCGUCUGAUAAUCUCGGACAAUCCGCAACUGCAUCGAUUACAUCUCACUGGCCACAUACGUGAGCUGCAGGCCGACAACUGUCCAUUGGAGAGCCUGCAGCUAGAUCAAUUCGAGCAGCUGGAGCAGCUGCUGCUCAGCAAUACUCGUCUGCAGAGCUUGGAGUUCCUGCACAAUGCCAGCAGUCUCCUGGACCUGGACUUGACAGGCCUCGAUCAGCUGCCAGCUAUACCCGAUCCGUGGCCCGCACAGCAUUUGAAGCGCUUGAGCAUAUCGUAUGUCAACGAUUCUAACUGGCCCGAUCAGAUCUUAAAGCAGUUGCCAGAGCUACAGGUGCUAGACGUGUGGCACAAUCAACAGCGGGAGAUUUAUAUAAAGGAAGACUUUGGUCAGCUCAAUAGUCACUACAUAGAUGAUACAGACUCGUUAUGCGAACAAUUGGAGCAGUUCAUGGGCGAUGCGACAUUACCCAAACACAUAACCAUAUUCGAUAACGAGGUUGAUAACCAAGAGGCGUACUCCAUGCAAUGUCCCGGUGUUGAAGUGGCACAGGCAGAAAAACUCAUCUGGUUCGAAGAUAAUGCCGAUAGCCUAACAUAGCUUUGAUCAAUAAAUGUUAAU